UGCUCGGGUGACAAGGUGAGGGCUUUUCAUUCCCUCUUUCCUCUCCAAACAUCCUUCCUGCCACAGGAGCCUAUUUCUCCCUCGCACUCUCCCGCGCGUUAAGGGGACCUUCUCGGGGGUACCAAAUCUCCGCGCGGUUACGACCCCAAGCCUAGCAACAUGUGGAACGCGACGCCCAGCGAGGAGCCAGAGGCUAAUGUCACUCUGGACCUGGACUGGGACGCUUCCCCAGGCAACGACUCGCUGACCGACGAGCUACUGCCGCUGUUCCCCGCACCGCUGCUGGCGGGCGUCACCGCUACCUGCGUGGCGCUCUUUGUGGUGGGCAUCUCGGGCAACCUGCUCACCAUGCUGGUGGUGUCCCGCUUCCGCGAGCUGCGCACCACCACCAACCUCUACCUGUCCAGCAUGGCCUUCUCGGACCUGCUCAUCUUCCUGUGCAUGCCGCUGGACCUUUUCCGCCUCUGGCAGUACCGGCCUUGGAACUUUGGUGACCUGCUCUGCAAACUCUUCCAGUUCGUCAGCGAGAGCUGCACCUAUGCCACGGUCCUCACCAUCACCGCGCUGAGCGUCGAGCGCUACUUCGCCAUCUGCUUCCCGCUGCGGGCCAAGGUGGUGGUCACCAAGGGCCGCGUGAAGCUGGUCAUCCUUGUCAUCUGGGCCGUGGCCUUCUGCAGCGCGGGACCCAUUUUCGUGCUGGUGGGCGUGGAGCAUGAGAACGGGACCGAUCCUCGGGACACCAACGAGUGCCGCGCCACCGAAUUCGCAGUGCGCUCUGGGCUGCUCACGGUCAUGGUGUGGGUGUCCAGUGUCUUCUUCUUCCUCCCGGUCUUCUGCCUCACCGUGCUCUACAGUCUCAUUGGGAAGAAGCUGUGGCGGAGGCGCGGAGACGCGGCGGUGGGCGCUUCGCUCAGGGACCAGAACCACAAGCAGACAGUGAAGAUGCUUGCUGCAGUGGUGUUCGCUUUCAUCCUCUGCUGGCUGCCCUUCCAUGUGGGAAGAUACCUGUUUUCCAAGUCCUUCGAGCCCGGCUCUCUGGAGAUUGCACAGAUUAGCCAGUACUGCAACCUCGUGUCCUUCGUGCUCUUCUACCUCAGUGCUGCCAUCAACCCCAUUCUGUACAACAUCAUGUCCAAGAAGUACAGGGUGGCAGUGUUCAAACUUCUGGGGUUUGAAUCCUUCUCCCAGAGAAAGCUCUCCACUCUGAAGGAUGAAAGCUCUCGGGCCUGGACCAAGUCAAGCAUCAACACAUGACAGCACAUGGCAGCUCCCAGUCAUCUCUCACUGCUCCACACCAUAAGCCACAGCCGAGCAGAACUUGGGAGGAAGCAGAAAGGCAGGUUAGGAUUAGAGACAAAGGAAU